UCCGCGUGGGCGGCCCCGUGUGGUCGGGAGAACGAAACACGACACUCCUCUACAGAGAGAAGGGGGGCUGACGGGGAGAGAGCGAGCCUACGGAGUGAGUGGAAAAAGAAAAGUCUGUAAAAAGAGAGGGAGAAACUACCUCAGACGGCGAGCUUUUUUCCUGUUCGAACGUGCCAUGUUAUGACUGUGGAAAUGACGUGUGAGUGUUGAAUAUGCAACAUUGUAUCACGACUAAACUGAUUAACAGUGAUACAUUUCUCCAAAAUCGUCGUUUGGAUUUUUAUACAAUUCCCCUCUAUCGGCACGUUGGCCUGGGACUUGCUGGCCUCCAACUUUGCAGUAGUGAGAUUGCUGGCCAGCAGAAAACUAAUCGCCUAAAAGACUCGGAAAGAAACUAGAGAAGGACUAGUUGAAAACAAACGGGGGAGCAGUAGGGGGCCCGAAGUGGAGCGCCCGAGAAUUGCGGACGUAGAACGAAGAACGAACGGAGCGAGAUCAGCCACGGGAGAAAAGUUUAAAGAGGUGUUUUGCGGUUCUCACCGACAGGAGAGGGAGGGUGGCCGACUUCACCCGAAAAUUUUGUUCGCCGAGCAAGUCAGUGAGCGAAGCACACUCAAAAUGAAAACCCCGGGGGAUACGGGGUUCGCCUUCCCAGACUGGGCCUACAAACCGGAGUCGAGCCCCGGCUCGCGCCAGAUCCAGCUAUGGCACUUCAUCCUGGAGCUGCUGCGCAAGGAAGAGUACCAGGAUGUGAUCGCCUGGCAGGGCGACUACGGCGAGUUCGUCAUCAAGGACCCCGACGAGGUGGCGCGUCUGUGGGGCGCCCGCAAGUGCAAGCCGCAGAUGAACUACGACAAACUCAGCCGCGCUCUCAGAUACUACUACAACAAGAGGAUCCUUCACAAGACCAAAGGGAAGCGGUUCACCUACAAGUUCAACUUCAACAAGCUGGUCCUGGUCAACUACCCCUUCAUAGACAUGGGCUCUGCAGGCAGUGGAGUUCCCCAGAGCGCCCCUCCAGUGCCGUCCGGCGUGGGCUCCCAUUUCCGUUUCCCGCCCUCCACCCCCUCCGAGGUGCUCUCCCCGAGCGAGGAGCUGCGCAGCCCGGGCGUCUUCAGCGCGGUGGCCCGCCGCAUGGCCCGCGGCUCCGUGAGCGACUGCAGCGACGGCACCUCCGUCACCUCCGAACUGGAGGAGGCCGGAGGAGGCGGCGGCGAGGAGCGCGGCGGAGGAGGAGGAGAGCGGGCCUUCCGCAGCCUCCUCCACCCCCGCCUGUCCCACGACUCGCUGUUCCGCGUCUACGGGCCGCCGCCGAGCCGCCCGGGGCCGCCCCACGGGCCGCCGCAGUCUCACCGCGCCCACCCGGAGAACCUGUCCCCCUUCCCGGUGUCCCCGCUCCCGGGCCCCGGGGGCCUGCUGGGGCCCACCCUGUCGCCGGCGCUGUCCAUGACGCCCAGCUCCCACCUGGCCUACACGCCGUCCCCGUCGCUGUCCCCGAUGCUGGGCUCCCACUUCUCCUUCAACCCGGAGGACAUGAAGCGCUACCUGCAGGCGCACACGCAGAGCGUCUACAACUACCACCUGAGCCCGCGCGCCUUCCUGCACUACCCCAACAUCGUCAUCCCGCAGCCCCAGCGGCCCAGCGCCAACGCCGCCGAGUCCAAGCCGCCGCUGGCUCCCCCCUCCCACGCCCACGCCCACGCCCACGCCCACUCCCAUGCCCACCUGCCCCUGCACCACGCUCACCCCCACGGGCCGCCCGGAGGACCUCCAGAGGAGCCGCGCCUCUCGCCCUUCCAGUUCAAGCUGCAGCCUCCGCCGCCGGGACGCAAGCAGCGGGACGGGCCUCUGGGGAGCUCCUCCUCUUCCGUAGCGUCCGGCUCCGCACACCACAACUCCUCCUCAGGGUCCCUCAGCCACUCAGGAGGCACGCCUAAAAUUAAGGUGGAGCCCAUCUCUGAUGUAGAGUCUGAGGAAGAGGUGGAGGUCACCGACAUCAGUGAGGAGGACGAAGGCGAUGUUUUCGCCCCGCCACACCACAUCAACGGCUUCGGCCUCGCUCUGGUCAAUCAGCCCCACCAUCCACCACAAGCCGCCGACGACGGCAUUGUGGCCGACGAGGAUCUGGACGAGGACGUCUUCAAGACCCCUGCCGCUCCGCCCACCACCACCACCAUCACCAGCAGCGCCAGCGGUCCCUCCGGGGGCCUGGCCCUGCUGGGCCUGAAGAGCGAGCCCCGUGAGGUGGGUCUCGGCCCGGCCAGCCCUGGCGGCACCCGCUGCAUCCCCCUCAAGCUGCGCUUCAAGCGCCGCUGGAGCGAGGACCAGCGCCUGGAGGCCGGCAGCGACGAGGCCGAUGAUAAGAAGGUGCGCGCUGCCCCCGAGGAGGACGACGCCGCCGCCGCCGCCGGUCGCGAUGAGCAGCCUGGCGGCGAGAGGGACAUGGGCGCCUUCCGGCGGGCAGAGAAUGGCGAGCGCUGUAGUCCCCCUUCCCCGCUCGUCCUGCCCCCGGCACCCGCCCAGAGGAGGGUGAGCUCUGAGCUGCAGAGGGCCACGGCCCAGCUGUCCCUGGAGAAUAACGGCUGCUGAUUUGAAGCACACACAAACAUAUACACACACACACAAACAUGCUCAUGCCUACACACUAACAAAUAUGCUGACACCUUCUUAGCUUCUCCUCACACACAUGUGCAUCCAAAACUAACAACUGACACCCACAUACACAGUUUAGACACACACAACACGCAUUGGCCCAUGCUUACUUAGACAGGUAAAACCUUGGUACACACACACACACACACACAAACACACACAAACAGAAGGAAGUGUCCCUUUUUUGAUACACAAACAUGCAUAUACUGUGUGUAGAGUUUAAAGCCGGUGCACACAAAUCUUUUCAAACUAUGUAUAUUGAAACAAAGUCCUGUUCUCAGUCACAUAACCUGCACACACUGUAAAUACGACAGAACACGUAUACUGACGCUCCACAGUGCCGAGGCAGACACUAAACACCGCUUUUCUCUCAAUACUGACACGUCACCGAGCGGCUCAGGACAAAACUCCCUCCCUCAUUGGCUUGUGGUCCCCUCGCCCCGCCUCCUUCAGUUAAGCCGGGCCCUCCCAUUGGCUGCUCCUGUGGCCCUAAAAGACUGCCUCUUCAGCCAGUGAGGCAGCAAAAAGCUGUCUGGCCUUGUUGUUAAGGGCCCUAGAAGAAGACUUUAAUACAUGCCUUCAACAUCAACAAACAAGAGAUUACAGAAGUGCCUGUUCCUUAGUCAAAACACACCAUUACGACCCAGAGGGAGAGAGGUGGGGGAAAAACCGUAGGAAACGCAGACAAACAUGAAUUGCGUCUAAAACUAGACUGUCUAGAUGCUCUAGACAUGUUUUGACUGCCGGGAGUUCCACUUUAUUGCCUCUUCACAGCAAUGGCCUUCUAGAGUCUGCCUUCUAGCAUAUGACUAUGCCUGAUUCGACUUGGUAUGAGGGGAGAUGUAUUCUGUGAUUUGAGGGACCGAAAGAAGUUGACAGACUGAUAGAUAAGUCGCCAUUAAACAUCCACCAUCCGCCACCACCAUCACAUCCUUGAUUAAGUGAGUUUUGGUUAAAGGUCAUGCCGCAUCAGGCCAAGUGUGUGCAAGUCCUUAAACUCCUCACAGGAAGUCCAUAAUUCCUCCUUCGCUGCCCUAGACUGAUGACUUGAAAAGAGCAGGAAAGCGGUCUGUGUCUGAUCGGCCCUCUGCCAUGAGACCGCCUUCCCUGUCAUCCUCAGCCAAUUGGACCACCCUCAUGCCAGGUCGGGCCAAUGGGGUUCACCCUUACCAGCAGGCCUUCGGCUGUAGUAGGACUGCCUUUUUGCUGGCCUCUGACAUUGGGACCAUGCAUCAGACUGAGAGGCAUCUUUCUUCACAUGUACAGCCAGGAUGCAGAAGAGAUUUUAGAAGUGUUACUUUGCUACCUGCAGUAACCAUGGUGAUGAUGGCGAAGAUGAUGAUGAUGAUGAUGAUAAUGAUAAUGAUGAGUCUGAUGUUGUGAUGUUAUUUUCUUUUUCCCCUUCCCUGUUCUGUGUUGCUAUUACUCUUAUUCAUUCUAUGUCUGGGAAUGGAACUGGGGGGAAAUUGCCUUAUAAGGAAGGCAAGCGUUUUAUAGGCAUUGCUUUUGACAUUUGCAGUGAAGAGUGGGUCUGGUGUAUAAUGCUCACUUACUCAAACAAGCGCACACACACCCAUACACGAUGGUGAUAUUUAGCCAGGGUGUGUAUGUAUGUAUGAAUGAAUGUGUGUGGGUGUGGGAGUGGGAGUCAUCCCUAAAAUGUAAUGAUUUUAGAGCACAAAGUCCAACUCAGGCUGCGUUUUGUGGAUGAGGGAUUUAGUUUUCUAUGCGUUUCAAAUGGAAGAAUCUCAUCCCUGUUGCACUCACACCUAUGAACUAAUAGGAGCCCCAAGUGAGAUGAUGGUGCCUUAAAGCAUACGGCUGCCCCUGCUUUUAGAACACACGUACACACACACAGCCUUUAGAGAACACUUUACUCAAAUGCGAGGCACCAGACUAAAUAAAACCUCACACUGCCAGUUUGCCUUCAUUUUAUAGCAUGUUUAGAGAGAAGAUAUACACAUAAGUAUUAUAUACAAUCUAUAUAUUUGAUACAGAUGAUUUCAUUUUCAGAACGUUAGUUUGAUAUAUCCCAUGAAUAGCUAUUUUUAAAAUGGUGUAAAAGUGGAAACGCGAGGGAAGAUUUUUCCACUUGAUUCUAGGCAGAUCAUCUCAACGCUCUUGUGACAAAUCAUUAAUGGUUGAUCCAAACAAUAAAAGAAGCCAUUGUGCUGCAAGUGAUCAAAAAAAUGGACAAAGUAUCUUAUAUAAAUAUAUAUAAAUAUAUUUACACAUAUACACACAUGCAUUUGUAAAUAGUCUGUAGCUAUAAAAUGAUGAAAACAGGCCUGUUUGGAGCCAUCAUGUUUAUUUUUGAACAAAAUUAAAUUUGGUGAGUGAUUCUGCUGACAGAAGCAACACUACAGUGAGCGUCUGCCCCACGUAGCAAGGACCUAACCUGUCCAGGUGGACAAAAAAAAGAAAAAGGAAAAAAAAAAUCACAUAUAAGGAAGCCUAAAGCUAAACCAAUCAGAAAUGGACCCAGGGAUGAAGUCUCAGCACCUCUGUAUAUUUUUUUCCAAGUCCUUCUUGUGUGCCUCUGGAAACCCUCCUCUAGCAGACGAAGGAGGGUGGGGGGAGUCCUCCCCAAGCCCCCCCCCCCUCAGGAGCUGUCGCCUGUGCGCCGUCAAAUGAACCCUUGUCUUGAGUUUGGCCCUCGCAGGCUGCAUGGCCUCGCAGGCUGCAUGGCGAGGCCUCCAAUUGGUCCAUGCCAGACCUCACCGCUGCCUUACUCUUCAGGAAAAGAGAAAUAAACAAAACAUCAACAUGACAAAACAAGUACAGGAACAAAUAAAGUUCCCCAUCAGUAUUGACUUUAUGUCUUUAUUAUUAAUAUUAUAAUUAUUACAUUUUACUGUUCAUAUUAAUUUUUAGUUUUAUGUUUCUUUCCAACAUUGAUACUAUUACUGUUAUUUCAAGAGGCUCGCCUCGCAGUCAGCCUAACCCUUCCCAUGAUCCUUUGCGCUCGCGUGUGUAUGGACAGUCCUCCCCACGUGUCCCAUCGCACACUGCUCUGUUCAGCUGACCUGUGCUGCCGUUGUGGUGAUUUGCUGUGUGUUUUUGGCUGCUCCGUGUCGUGAGAUGGUGAACCAAGAACAUGGGGAGGUUGCUGGGGAGGAGGGACAUAAUCUCCUAUCAAAUUAUUUGUUAUAUGUUCUCUUUUUGGCCUUGUGUAUAUAUUAUAUAUAAAUAUAAAUAAAAAAUCUUUCUUUUUUUCUUUUUUCUUUAAUUUUUUUUGUGGGGGACUACCGGUAUGUAAGAAAAGACAUUGUAUUAUUUUACUGUGUAAAAGUCUUUCUAUUAUAUAUAUAUAUCACUUCAUCUCUCUCUUUCUCUUUGUAUUUCCCUCAUUCAGCGGUUAUGUAACACUCUAUAGAGAGAGUUGAGAUCUUUCCCAUCAUGAUGAAACAUUUGUACUUUUUGUUGGUCUUGUAUUUUUUCCUUUUUCUCUUGUAAUUAAAACUGUAAUCAGGGUUCAUUAAAACAGGUUAAAAAGGA